CGAGUUGUUCUAAUUAAUGCUUUACGUAUGUUAAAAGGAAAAUAUACUCCGUGCCUCUGUGGAACGUCUGAACGGUGGUCAGCGGAAAAGCAUUUUUCUUUCCUCCAAGUUGAGCAAAUCUCUGCCCAUCAGUAAUUGAAAACUAGGAUUUCUUUGGUAAACUGAAGCCAAGAAUGAUCGAGAAGAAGAGGGUUCAGUUCUUCAUCGCCGUCGUCGUUGUCGCCGUUCUGAGUAUCACCGCUGAAAAAUGUAGGGAAGUAGUUGGCAAAGAGGCGGCAUCCAAAAGUGGGGAUUUUAACAUUUUGAACUGCUUAGAUGGGGGAACUGGAACCCUAGCAUGUGUUGUCAAGGAGAGUGUAAAGCUGUACUUUUAUAAUAUUAGAAGCUCACACAUCGAGAGAGCUAGGAAUGUAGCAAUUGAGGAGGCAAUGGCGUCUCUUGCUGAUGCCAUAUCUCAAGGCAUGCCUGCAAAGGAUGCAGCUAAGCGUGUACAGAUAGAAGGCGCAAAAGCUGCCAAACUGGCAAAACGACAAGCAAAUCGAAUCAUUGCCCCUAUCAUUUCUUCCGGGUGGGAUUUUUUCGAAGCACUCUACUUGGGGGGUACAAUGACCGAAGCAGUCCUAAGGAGCAUGGGUACAUUGUCUGGCACCUAUUAUGUUGGCUUUCUUGGGGAGGCAAGCUUUGGAAGGGUUGGGUACUUUGUUGGAAGUGAGCUGGGUAGUUGGGUGGGAGGAAGGGUUGGCCUUAUGCUUUAUGAUUUGGUGAAUGGAAUAGAGUAUGUUCUUGAGGUUCUCCAUCUGAAAGAACCCCUUCCUCCUGAACUCAGUCAACAAGUAUAUGCUGCAUCAGAAAUUCUUGAAAGUUUCAACAACAAUGAAGCUUUUCCUUCCCAAGAGUCUGCAGGCAAUGAUGAGUUCUAGAUCAGGUGAACAACAUCAAUGUCCUCAAACUUGUCCCCCUUUUUAAUAUGAGAUGGUAAUUAAUUAAGGGCAUUAUUGUCAUAGUCAUUGUUUUCAGUCGUCGUCUUAUAAUUAAUUUUAUGUUUUUUUCUUCUUCCUGAUAGGAAGAAUCUCCAACAUUUGUACAUUUGUACUAUAGUGAAUAACAGUUCCAUGUUUGCACAUGAGAGUCACAAGGGGAUCUGGGUGGGUAAAAAUCAAUGAAUCCGUACUCCCCCCGAAAACACACAUUCCUUUUGAACGUGGGUACUUAUGUAUGAAUGAAAGCCUUACCCGUUU